CAAAACACUAGUAAUCGAGAUUGCAGUUAAAUAAUUAGAAUUAAUCAAGGAUAUUAGAAUAAGUGAACAUGGCAGAUGAUGAGGGAACAGAAUGGCUGCAAGAACUGCUGCACGAUGUUCAACUUUCACAGUUUUUUACCAGAAUACGAGAUGACUUACAAGUCACUCGGUUGCACCACUUCGAUUAUGUACAACCAGAAGAUCUAGAAAAAAUAGGUUUAGGAAAACCAGGCAUAAGAAGAUUGCUAGAUGCAGUUAAGAAAAAGAGAAACACGCAAUGGAAGAAAAGCUUGAUGACCAAGAUCAGACCUGGCAGUAGCACAAAGAGUAAUAAAAGGUCUUCUCAACCAGUGGAAGGUUCUGCGGUGCUAACUUGUCUCAUUCAGGACAAAGAUGUAACAUUAUCCAUUAAAUUGGGUGAUGGUAGUUUUGGUGUAGUGAGACGUGGAAAGUGGACUUCUCCUUCUGGUAGAACAUUGCCAGUUGCUGUGAAAGUUCUGAAAGCUGAUGCUCUGACACAGCCGAGUGUUAUAGAGGACUUUGUGGCUGAAGUUCAAGCAAUGCAUACGUUGGAUCAUCACAAUUUGAUUAGAUUAUAUGGUGUAGUAUUAUCACAACCAAUGAUGAUGGUGACAGAACUUGCACCUCUUGGCGCUCUGUUGGAUUAUCUGCGAAAUCAGUGUGGUAAAAUUUCAGUAUUAACUCUAUGUAACUAUGCUCUGCAAGUAGCCACUGGUAUGGCUUACUUGGAAGCGAAACGUUUCUUACAUCGUGAUCUAGCUUGUAGAAACGUUCUUCUGAGUUCAGUGGACAAAGUGAAGAUUGGUGAUUUUGGCCUAAUGCGGGCAUUACCGCAGCAAGAAGACUGUUACGUGAUGACAGAACACAAAAAGGUGCCGUUUCCUUGGUGUGCUCCGGAAUCUUUGAAAGCGCGUCAGUUCAGCCACGCAUCUGAUGUAUGGAUGUUUGGUGUUACGUUAUGGGAAAUGCUUACAUUCGGGGAUGAGCCAUGGGUUGGACUGAAGGGAUCAGAGAUUCUACGAAAAAUCGAUAAAGAUGGCGAACGGUUACACGAACCUGAAGCAACGCCGCCAGAUAUGUAUCAACUGAUGCUUCGUUGUUGGGCUCGCGAACCUUCUGAAAGACCAACAUUCGCCUCUCUGCGAUCAUCUCUCACAGGAAUGGUUCCUGCUGUAAUGAAAGCAGUCGGUGAUUUCACGAUGGCUCGCAGAAUGACUAUAAAACAUGGCGAUCGAAUAGUCAUUUUGGAUGGUCGGCCGGAGAAUUAUUGGUGGAAGGGUCAGAAUCAACGAACUUUUCAAAUCGGGCUCUUCCCCCGUUGUUUUGUGGAUCCUAUGAGACGUAAACAGCCAGAAGAUAUUAGCAAACCAUUGGAAAAUUCAUUUAUCCAUACUGGCCAUGGUGCACCCUUUGGAAAGAGUUGGGGUAGUCCUAUUUACAUCGACGAUGUAUACCUUCGAAAUCCCAUGGAACCACCUGACGUCGUGGGGAUUACGGUACCUCCAGACAGUCUUAUCAAAGAUAAAUACUCCUGUAGUACACCACGAUCACGAAAGCAAUUUAAUUACACGAAACUUCAAAACGAUAUUGGAGCUAGUCCUGUCAAAACGACGAAUGCCUCUGUUCCGAGUAGCAGUCAAGAAGGCAGUUUAAUAGAUCUCUCACCAGAGGAGAUGGUGAACACGAAUGAAGCGCAAUCAGACACUGCCUGUCGACGAGUGGUCAAUAUCCUCGACGAGCCCAUCGAUGACAUAGAACGACAACAUCAAACGAGUUGGCCAGACGAUGAUCCUCGAACUUACGCCAAUUUUCCUGGGAACGUUGAUCCGGCAUAUUCAGACCCGUUCGACACAUCUUCGGUAUUUAUGAAGUUGCCUCAUUCGAGAUAUUAUAGCCACGUCCCGUCAGACGUGAGCAGUCGAUAUUUCAAAACUCAGACUUACGGGAAUGUACAAAAUCAAGACGCUGGUAGUAGUCAGGACAGUACAAAUUACUUCACACCGGAAUCUGGAUCGGAUGUAAACCACUACUCCAUAAAUUUGAGCAAGGAAAGCAGGAACGAUAGUAUUAAUUUAAACGUGAACGUGGACACAGAAGAAAGUAGUACGUACGGUCAGAACCAUUACAGCGAGAUCGACAAACCUAGUCCACCUAUGACGAAUUGGUCCAAUUGGCCAGAGGACCUGCAAAAUGACUCGCAGACGUACGUAAAUGUCUCUAGUCGAAACUUGCAGGCACCCGAUGCGCCUCCUCCUCCACCUGUAGCCCCCAACGAGAGUCCUCCGAAGCCGAAGUCUAACCACGACUUGGCGCAAAGUCUGAACGAAUUGAGUAUUAAUUCCCGCAACGUUUCUCCCAAGAAACUAGAUCCUGCUUUCCUAGCGGAGCUGGAUCUUCCGACCUACUCAUCUGUUAACAAGCUACAAGACAAUACGAUUCCAGCGUUGAGGCCUCCACCUCAAACUAUCAAACGUAAGUCUCCUCAGAUGGACUAUAGGAGCAGUAAUCUGCCCAGUAAAGUGCAAAACUCUUGGAUCUCCAAGAGUACGAACAUUCAACAACCACCUCGUACGCAGCCUGAACAACGUGUAUCAGAAACGACCACUGAGCAAAUGGUGGGUCAAAUAUGGCAGCAGUCUCAGGCGUCUCAGCAUAAUGCUUAUGGUAAUGCUCAGGCGAACUUGAACCUAUUACAAAUCGCGCCUAGCAAUGUGUCCAAGCCGAACUUCAAUCACGCACAGAAUUCAUUACCAACAUCCAAUCAAGCUACCCAUUUUCAAAGCCCUUCUUUGCCUACUAGCAGCCACGGGAUAACGCAGAUCCAGAACGAUCUUCAGCAAGCACACUCCAGUAAUGCCGCCUCCAAACCUCCCAGCAUGGUAUUCUCAGAGCAGGUGUACGCGGAACUGAAGCAAACAGUGCCGAACCUCGAUCAACUUUCUCAAAACGAGUUCAAUACUCUGUACAACAAAACGGUGCAGCAGAACAUCCUAAGAAACUACUACGCUGCCGGUACAUCGAGCACACCAGACUCGGCCAGCAAUCUAAGUCAUAGUCACUUUCUGGAAGGAGCUGCAGCUAGCUCUCAGGCUCGUUCUGGCCAAUCCUCAAGGAACACAUCGGCCCAGGGUCAUCCCUGUGAUUUCAGUCCUCAUCUGAAGCAGCCUCCAGUGUACAAUCCUCCUCCUCCAGCCACAUGGAGUCCCAUGAAGUCGGUCCAGAACGAGUUAGGACAGGGCCAGGUUGCAAUGAAGUCCAAUUUAGCAAGCAAUCUGGUCAACAGCCCUAAUCUACUACAGCUCACGCACACAAACUCACCUCAAGAGGGUGCUAUGACGCCGCAAGCAUCCUCCACGAGAAGCCUGCCCCCUCAGAUGACCGAGACGGUUAUUAAUACUCAAUUAGCCCCCUCCACGUCCGCGUACCCCUCUGGAGUGAGCCCCCCCUUGACGGCGGCCUCUCAGCAGCUGGUCAUGUCCCUUAACGACGAAUUUCGAGCGAACAAAGUGAUGAAGGUGCAGAGAGAAGCGGCCGAUGCAUCACAACAGGAAAUACUCACUGCGCUACAGGCAACUGGCUGGGACACCAAUCAAGCCGCCAAGCAGAUCUUGAAAGACAGGCAGGCCAAGAUUGAGUCCCUCGUCAGAUUGGGCUUGGCAGACCGACAACAGUGCGAGGGUGCUUUGAAGCAGACUGAAUACGACGUAGAUUUAGCGGCUUCCCUCUUGUUAGACCAGGUCAAAUGAAGACAGAUAUAAGAGCAGCUGUUACUGAAGAUAUUGUAAAAUAACUGUAGCGAUAUAGGUAUUAGGAAUAUGUAUUUAUAAACGAUAGCCAUACAACGCGUAAACGAAGCUACGGGUUGCGAGCAUGAUUAAAGAAGUGUCUCCUCGGAAGACGUGUUGCGUGUAUUGUAAAAAUGUCGAC